AUGGAAUGUCCACAUUUAUUAGAUAACAUAGAUUCAAACAAUAUACAAAACAUUGUAGACAUCGUGACUACAAAGGGAUUUGAAUGUUCAGAUUGUGGCGUAACUGAGCAGAAUUGGCUAUGUCUAAAGUGUGGUGUUGUGAGCUGUGGCAGAUAUGUAAAUGGCCAUGCAAAAUAUCACUCGGAAAGUUUUGACCAUCAAAUAUGUAUGAGCUGUGAUGUAUACUCAGUUUACUGCUAUAAAUGUGAUGAAUAUGUUGCAAAUGAUAGUGAAGAGCAAAUUAUUAAUAAAAUAAGACAAUGUAUUAUACCUAUAAAAAAUAAAGGAAAUCCAAUCAAUGAAAAUAGUGAACACAAUACUAGAGCUGAAUCUGCCCAAACUGAAACUUUGGUUUUAAAAACUAGUGGAGAUACAAGUGAAGCCUCACACCUAGAUAUCUCAAAUGUACUAAAUACUCCUAUAAAUUCAGUGGAAACCUCUGAAAAUCAGGAUGACAGGUCAUCAAAGAAUCCCGAAGAAACAAUUAGAAGUCUGCGUCCAAGGUCAAGAAAACGAUCACACUCAGAUGAUAAUGCAACGGAUGCCAUACAGUCAAAUAGUAAGGAGAAAAGGUUAUCUUCCACAAAUGGAAAAAAUCAUAGAGAAAAGAGAAUAGUUGGCUUAAAGAAUUUGGGGAAUACUUGCUUUAUGAAUGCUGUCCUGCAGAGUUUAAAUAAUAUACAAGAGUUUAGUUGUUACUUUAGCCAGUUACCAUCUCUGGAAGUUAAGACUAAUGGUAGGAAGAUUUACCAUUCGCGAAGUUAUACCCGUCAAGAAAUGCAUGAUGUUGUCAUGGCCGAAGAACUUAGAAAGGUGUUGAUUAACUUAAACAAUGGCGGGUGCAGUUCAAAAGGAGCGAUCUCACCUGAGUGCCUAUUCUUAGUGAUAUGGAAAGUGGUGCCAAGGUUUCGUGGAUAUCAACAACAAGAUGCCCACGAGUUCCUUAGAUAUAUGCUUGAUCGGCUGCAUACGGAAUUGCUACAACUACUUCCACCCGACAAGGCGGAAGGGGGCUUUGUACCUCGUGUUCCUUCGACUUCCAUAGUUACAGCUGUCUUUGGAGGGACUCUGCAGAGUCAGGUAUGCUGCCUCGCCUGUGGGACGGAGAGUAAAAAGUUCGACCCGUUCCUGGAUUUAUCUUUAGACCUACCCGAGUGUGGAAGACACGACGCCCCCGUAACCUUAACUGACUGCUUAGCGAGCUUUGUGCAGGUGGAAGAGUUAGCGGAUACAGAACGUUACUUCUGCAGCAGCUGUAAAUCCAAACAGAAGUCCACCAAACAGUUCUGGAUUCGGCGCCUUCCCAACGUACUUUGUUUGCAUCUCAAAAGAUUUCGGUGGCAUAAUUAUUUCAGAACGAAAGUGGACACGGCGAUAUCAUUUCCCCUAAAUUCCCUGGACAUGUCCCGUUUCGUGUUGGCGAAUGUCCCGGACACGCGUCGUUCGGGACGCGGGAACUAUCUUUAUGACCUCGCCGCUGUCAUCGUACAUCAUGGCUCGGGCGCCGGCUCGGGCCAUUACACGGCGUUUGCUAUCAACGAGGAGCAAUGGUUCCAUUUCAACGACCAAACCGUGAGGCCGACAGAUGCCGACGUGGUAGCCUCUUGCAAGCCCUACAUUAUGUUCUACAUUCGCCGUGAAUUUUCCCUCCCUUCGGCCAUUUGA